AUGACCAGCAACAGCAAUAGUUGUGGAGCAGGAUCAGGCGAGGCUGGAGGUGGUGGAGGUGGAGCAAGUGGUACCUCACUUACACAGUCAACCCCUUUUAACUUUAGUAAUUUUGGGAUUUUAGCUGUGUUUUGUAUUAUAUUGGCACUAUCAUCUAGUACAUAUCACAAUUGGCCGGCUAUAGAAAGAAGCCUGGUGAAUGAUAGAGUGUUCCAAAAUUUCUGUACUGAGAAUGAAAUACGGGAAUCUAUUCCUGGGAUGUACGUGUGUGAGAAACAAAGAGAUGCCAUCGGUAACCUAUCACUAAACAUAUUCUUGUUCGAGUUUAUCGCAUACUCUAUUGGCGGUCCAUUGGUAGAUGUUGUUGGCGUAUACAUAGUAAUGGUUACGGGUUUUGCUUUUGGAUUUUCUGGAUUCAUAUUGUUAUACUUUUGUCAUGAUAGCAUCUUUAUUGUCAAGUUGAGUUUUUGUUGUUGGGGGAUGUUUGGUGGACUAAUCAUUAUUACUGCAAUUCAUUUUGCUAGAAUGUUUUCUACAGCCAAGAGUUUGGCUGACGGGAUGAUGAUAUUCUUCGAAAACUUCGCAUCUGUAAUACCAUUGGUAAUUUAUAGACUUAUUAAGAGAUUCGGGAUAAAAUACUAUGAAGCUUAUGGAGGUUAUAUAAUUUGGGGAAUAUUUCCUUCGUUUUUAUUGGCAUUGUCGUUCAUGCCCAUAAAAAUAAUUCCAGAAAACUAUAAUAGUUCUAAAAAUAAAAACUUUUUUGAAGUAGAUUUUAAAUGUUUUUCUCAAAAGUUAUUCGAUUGGAAGUUGUGGGCAAAUUUGGUAGUAUUCUCAAUUCCAGUGACAUCCGCAAUGUUUUACAGGAAAACAUUUUCUGCUUACUUUCUUAACAAUCCUACACUUCAGCAAGUAUUCCCAUUCAUACUUUUGUUUGUGUUUCUUCCUAUACCAUUUAUAUCUGCUCUUGACCAGUUUAUAAGUGUUCACCUCACAUCUGCAUUCCUGUAUAUUCUUUACAUAUUGGCAUUCGUGUGUUUUUUCUACAGAACCAGGGCUCAUGGCAUUAUUUCAAUGGUUUUGUUCUGUAUUGCACAUUCCGCGGAACAUCAGAUCAUGCAUUACAUCAGUAAAUCUCACACGGAGUUUGAGUCAACAUUAAUGGGUAUUUCAUAUUCCGUUGUAUUUGUGGUUGGGUUCAUAUCGCAGUUUGUCUUCGAUUGCAUCUAUAAGUUGUCGCCAAGAGCUGCAUUGUAUACUAUCAUCUCACUCCUGCUUGUUGCAACAACGUUUUCUAUAGCAUUUCAACAAGUUAACGGUAGUAAUAAUAUUAGUCAAUCUCAAUCUUCUGGUCUCAAACUUAGUAGUCUCAGGGUAGUAUAUGUCAUUUUCUGGUUCAUUCCAUUUAUUUUUCUAACACUAUCAUUUAAGUCAUUAUAUAGUAAAAGUGGUGAAACUAAAGAUGAAUCAAAUUAUUGUAUAUGCUAUAAGGCUCAUUAUCCGGACCAGAAAUUUGUCACGACAACAAUGGUAUUUUAUUCAUUCUCAUUUUAUUACGUUUGCACUGUAUUUACUGUUAUUUCUACAAUUUUCAAGUUAUGUCAAUCGGCUACAUUUGAGUAUGAUAGGUAUAGGUUCAUAUGGCUUUUAAUAUUUUUAACUUGUUUUUUCAUAGUUCCUCAUAUUAUUAUUUCCUUUCAUUUUUGGUUUGGUCAUCAAAAACAUGAACCAAUUUUUAAGUUCGUUAUAGUUUUAUUCAUUUGUAAAAUAUUGUUGUUCAUACAGUCCAUGAUGAAACAUGCUAACACUCUCAUUUACUUAUUCUCAGGAUUUCUAGUCCUUUACGGAUAUACAUUCUUCUUAUUCAUCCACAUGCUUACCUAUUAUAACUUUCAAAUCACAUACGUUGAAAGGUUCCACAAAGUUAGCUUAAUACACUGUGGAGGAAUGUUUACAUUAUUUCUGUUAUUGAGAUUUUUCUAUCUUAAAAUGUCUAAAUAUCGUUUCGGAUAUUAUACAUUGUGGGCAUUUAACACUGGUUAUUUUGCAUUCUUUGCCAUUCAGCUAUUUUAUUAUUUUCCAUACGAGAUGGAUAUAUCUUUUGGUACACCAAAUCUUCCUGUUCCUCAAUUUUCAAAGUUUAAAAUAACGGAACUUACCGACGUAAAGUCAUUUUGUACGAGUCUUUUUAGUGUGGCACUUGCAAUAUCGAAUCUAGCAAUUUUGAUAAGUUUUAAGUUUUGUUUAAGUUUAAUUGUCGUAUUAUUUUGGUGCAGUUUUAAUGAUUUAGUUGGUUUGGUUAGCUCAAUUUGUAUCAGAGAUAAAUAUAAAGAAUAUCAUUCUAGUAUGGUAGAUUAUUUCAUUUUACCAAUAUCAUGUGUCACAUUUGCUCUGUUUGUUACUUUAUUUUUAUACCAUUCCUUUAUGGGUGACCAUAGAUUUAUUAAUAACGGCUUCGUUUUUGUUUUGAUUAUUUGUAGUUUUGUAAUUUUGUCCUACUACUCAAAUGUCUCCUGGUUUUAUACUCAAUACGAGUUACAAAGUUGUUGUUGCCAGCAAAAUGAAACAUGUCAGUGCCGAAAUAAUGGCAAAUGUUGUUGCUGUUGUAACAAGUGUACCUGUUGUGUUUGCCGUAAAUGCUGUUGUUGUAAACAACCGUCCUCUCAAUCCCAAUGUGAAUGUUGUAAAUCUCAAGGUAAAUGCUGUUUCAAAACCGAUUCUUGUACAUGUUGCAAAGAUCCUUGUGACUGUUGCUCCAAAGGCAAUAGCUGUAAUUUCUGCCCUCAGUGUGAAAAAUGUGUUUGUAUAUGUUUAAAGGGAAACAAAAUCAAAGAUAAAGAAAAUGGAGAUAUCAUAUUUAAAUUCUUCGAUUGUCAUUUUAAAGAGGUAGAUCACGGAUUUUUCGCAUUUUAUCUUGGAAACAAUGUUGGAUGGCUUUUGUUCAUACUUUAUUUGGCCUUGUCAAGAGACAAAAAUGUUUAUUUGUCAUUUAGAUAA